AUGUUAGCUUUGCUAGUGCUAAGUCUGUUGAGUGUGUCUGAUGCCGCAAAAGGCUUAGACAUCCACGUCUUUAAUGUUGGUCAAGCCGACUCCCAGUUAAUAGUAUUUCCCUCUGGUUACUCCAUCUUAGUAGAUGCUGGUGAAGUGAAAACAGGGUCGAUGAAUUGUAAAAUUAUUGCAGAACGAAUCAAAGCCAUACUUGGUAAGAGUUAUGUUGAUGUAGCUGUGUUAACACAUCUUCAUAUGGAUCAUCUUGGUGUUCCAUUUAAAAAUGGGUUUUGGUAUUUAAUGGAGACUGCUGGGAUCUCCUUUGGUAAAUUUGUUGAUAGAGAUUCCGGUGCCAUGAAAGCUGGGAAGACUGAAUGUUCUGUUGAAGAUGAUAUUGAUUGGCACAAUGCUGGAACAGUAUCUGGUCCUGCUAUUAAAUGGAUAUGUUAUUCGACAAACACGUUAUUACAGACUAAAGUCCAACCAAUUCGAAAGAUAGCAGUCCCGUGUUAUAAGAUGAUUACACCUCCUGAUGAAGGAGCUGAUGUCGAGAUAGUCGUUUCUGAUGCCAGAGGUGUUAAAUAUGAAGGAAACCCAUUGACUGGGGAUCAUAGAAAUGAGACGUAUGCCCCAUCGGAGAACGACUAUUCAAUCUCUUUAAGAAUUCAAUAUGGAAAUUUCGUCUAUUCAACCUCCGGCGAUUUGGACGGCGAGAAUUCGAAAUCGGAGUUUAAGUAUAUGUACCAUAACAUCGAAUCAGUCUAUAAGGACGUCGUCGGAGAAGUCGACGCGUAUCACGCUAACCACCACGGGUCGUCCCAUUCAAAUAACGCCGAAUGGCUUUUGGCUUUGAAACCAACUGUCUCCGUCAUCUCAUGCGGUGCUGGUAACUUGUAUAAACACCCAACAGAAGUUGCAGUCACUAACAUGAACACUUACUCGAAGAAGAUCUAUUUGACACAAAACUGUAACCCAACAGUCACUGAUAAAUUCUCGAAGGCAAUCAUCGUCAACGACGAAAUCUUAAUCCACUACCCAACUGGGGGUGUAUCGUUCUCUAUCUCUAAUCAGGGUGGUAACUUCACUACUUACUUCGAUGUCAAGAAGAACAAACCCACCAGAAAACAGUGUGGAAUUCAAAACUAA